AUGGGGUUUGGCUUAUGCCAUCCAAAGUCGACGACUGCACUGCAUUCAGAGCAGCUGGAAAGGCAGGAGGCGGUGCCGACGGAGGCUACCGCUUCUGCCUCUGUGCCUAAGAUGCCGCUGCUGGUGGAGCCGCACGACACGAGAAGCACCUGUCCGACUGCACCUGCCAACCCCUCUCCCAUACAUGAGAGAGAGCUAAAUGGGCGUUGCUCUAGCUUAUCGAGCAGCACUAUAAUUGAGGGCUGCGGCAGGCCAGGAUGGGCCCCCGGUACGCGCGCGUUUGCUGGCAGGGACAACUCUGCGCACCGCGGUGUCUCACCUAGGCCGUGGACCCUGGCAACAGGCUCCGUCUUUGAUUCCAGCUUCCAACGUGGGUCGGAUAUCCCGAGUCGCGCGCUUCACUGCCCAUCAGGGGCGCACAGCAGCAACACGAGCCCCUUAUCUCCGUGGGGUAUUCGUGCAGGCAAGGCGGAUUCUCUCAGUGUCACGGAUAUGUACACCAUCACCAAUGGAGUGGCGAACCACACUCGUAGUAUCAGCGGCCAAGCUGACGCGCUGCAGCUGAGUAGUAUCUUGCGGCCCAGCAGCGGCUGGACCAACCGCAGAUUGCCGCUGGCGCAGAAUUGCCCGCCGAGCACCGAACAGCGGAGCUCGUCGCAGAGCUCAGAGCUGCAGACGACGCUUGUGCCUAGCCGUGUCAGUGUCUGUUUCUUGGGCAGCGAUGGAAAGACUGCCGAGUUGCAGGGGACGGGAUCGAACGAAGUGCGUAGCCAAGGGAGCCAGCAUAGGCUGAAGGAGACCUCAGACGGCGCAAAGACAUCGGCGGGCAUGUCCACCGCUCAGGGCAACCGCCAACGAGCGCCACGCUCGGUGAUCGCGGAAAAUGCCGGGGCAGAUGGUGGAUCUCCAAAGAAAACGGGCCCGAAAUCUUGCAGCCCGGCGCCCACAGCGGCGUCUGUGUCUCGCGAAACGCCCUCUCCGUGGCCGUCCGUCGAGGGUCCGCCUUCGGGCCCAUCACAUCACAACGGCGUCUUCAAUGACCUGGUAUACUUCUGCUUCAGUGACAGCAGUGACCAAUCCGGUAUUCUCUAUGGCAACGGCGGAAGCGGGGAGAUGCCGCCGGCAGCUCCACUGCUCACUGCCACCUCCCGUGCCUCCCAGUCACCGAAGAGCAUUCUUCUUAGGCCGAGUGCGAACACCAGCGGUGUCGGCUGCUUGUGGACACCUCACUGCCCUGUUAGCCUGCCCUGGCAGGACUCGGCCUCAUCCGGGCUUCGUCGCGUCAGUCGCCGCCGGCAGAGCGAGCAAGACGGGCUCCUCUCGGAGCGACGACCCAGCUUUGAUGUGGGGCUGCCACAUCGUCCCAGGGGCUCUGGGCUGCAUCGACCCUGCCGUAAUGAGGACAGCGGUACAGACGACGAACACAUCAUCGCCAGUGUACGGCGAAUCAUGAUGCGCUUACCGCGCUCCGACGGGGGCGACAGCGUAUGCGGCAACGGCCCCAGUCGGCACGGGAGCCGCCUGAGCUCCGCUGAUAUUACCGCACGUGCACUCAGCACUGCAGAGAGGAUAAGCGAUGCCAGGUUCUCUGUACCCAAGGCAUUGAAGAGGAUAGUAGAGAGCAAGGUCCCCAUGUCACACUCGGCGACCUCCGAGAGCGGUUCUGCCGAAACUACAAGCGGCGCGCGGGCUCCUGCGCCCGAUUCGAAGAGUUCGACUACUAGCCAGUAG